GACCGGCGGGGGCGAGGCGGGAGUGGCGGUGCCAGCGGAGGGCACCGGCCGGAGUGGCGGCGGCGGCGGAGCGCGGCCUCGGGCUCACCAUGGCCGAGCUGCUGCGGAGCCUGCAGGAUUCCCAGCUCGUCGCCCGCUUCCAGCGCCGCUGCGGGCUCUUCCCUGCUCCGGAUGAAGGCCCCCGGGAGAACGGCGCCGACCCCACGGAGCGCGCGGCGCGGGUCCUCGGGGUCGAGCAUCUCCCCGCUGUCAACUGCAAGGGCGGCGGGGCCCCGGCCAACGGGCUGCGCAGAGCCGCGGCGCCGGAGGCUUAUGUACAGAAGUACGUCGUGAAGAAUUAUUUCUACUAUUACCUAUUCCAAAUUUCAGCUGCUUUGGGCCAAGAAGUGUUCUACAUCACAUUUCUUCCAUUCACUCACUGGAAUAUUGACCCUUAUUUAUCCAGAAGGUUGAUCAUCAUAUGGGUUUUGGUGAUGUACAUUGGCCAAGUGGCCAAGGAUAUCUUGAAGUGGCCCCGUCCCUCCUCCCCUCCAGUUGUGAAACUGGAAAAGAGACUGAUUGCUGAAUAUGGAAUGCCGUCCACCCACGCCAUGGCGGCCACCGCCAUCGCCUUCACCCUCCUUAUCUCUACUAUGGACAGAUACCAGUAUCCAUUUGUGUUGGGACUGGUGAUGGCCGUGGUGUUUUCCACCUUGGUGUGUCUCAGCAGGCUCUACACUGGGAUGCAUACGGUCCUGGAUGUGCUGGGUGGCGUCCUGAUCACCGCACUCCUCAUCGUCCUCACCUACCCUGCCUGGACCUUCAUUGACCGCCUGGACUCAGCCAGCCCCCUCUUCCCCGUGUGUGUCAUAGUUGUGCCGUUCUUCCUGUGUUACAAUUACCCUGUUUCUGAUUACUACAGCCCAACCCGGGCGGACACCACCACCAUUCUGGCUGCUGGGGCUGGAGUGACCAUAGGAUUCUGGAUCAACCACUCCUUCCAGCUUGUAUCCCAGCCGGCUGAACCUCUCCCUGUCAUUCAGAACAUCCCACCGCUCACCACCGACAUGUUCAUUUUGGGUCUGACCAAAUUUGCAGUGGGAAUUGUGUUGAUCCUCUUGGUUCGUCAGCUCGUACAAAACCUCUCGCUGCAAGUGCUAUACUCAUGGUUCAAGGUGGUCACCAGGAACAAGGAGGCCAGACGGAGACUGGAGAUUGAAGUGCCUUACAAGUUUGUUACCUACACAUCUGUUGGCAUCUGCGCUACAACCUUUGUGCCAAUGCUGCACAGGUUUCUGGGAUUACCCUGAGUCUCAAACAGUUGGAAACUAGCCCACUGGACAUGAGAGCCAAGACAUAGGAAAGUUAUUGGUAGGCAAAUCUUGACCACUUAUUUUUCUUUAACAACAACAACAAAAAAGUCAUACGGCUGUCUUGCUACUACUAGAUAAAUGAUGCUGCUGUGUGAAAGGAAAAACUAUCUCAUAGCGGUCAUUAGUCUGUAAUGGUUACGCUACAGCUGAACCCAGGCUAAAAUCCAUAAUCUAGAUCUUUAAAGGCACACCCCCACCCCGGCCCCUGCUCCUCUUUCUGUUGCAUGGACUUUGGACCUAGUCAUGGGCUGGCAGGAAUUGUAGCCUGGCUUAGGAAUAGCUAGGAGCCCCACUGGGUUCAGGAGAGCCAACAGGGAUGGGGUGAUCUGGGAGGCUGGAGAUACAGCCUUUCUUUUCCAUUACAACCUUGCCUAGCACGGUGUCUUAUUUCCAAAAUAGGAACCUUGGUCCAGGAGAAGGGGUGGCACCGUAUAAAAGUGCAUUUCUUGGA